GUGAGCGGGAGGCCGAGCCGGGGGAGCGGCUCUCGUAGCUCCCCCGGGCUCCGGACCUCGCAGGAAGGAGAGCGUUGCUGCCGCUGCCUGGCACCUGAAGUCAUCAAUGAUGGCUGUGACCUAAAUUCCUUCAGGAAGCCCCGGGGUCAUGGCCCAGCAGCACCCCGGGGAAAGGAAGUUGUACAGGGCACCCCACAGUGGCUCUUCAGUUUGGACUUCAGGGCCCACUGUGGGCCCCGACAAUCUUUCAUUCUCAGGAUUUGGGGAUUCGGUGGAGGCUGCACCCAAUGGUACCUAUUGCCUUACAAGACAUCCUUGUUCCACAAAUACACCACCCCAGACCCCCACCCACCAAUCAGAUCCAAACCGAGGUGCUCCAAGGGACCCAGGACCCCCUGGAGAGGGAGAAGAUCUUGAUCAGACUGAAGCAUCUUCAGAUGAGGAAACAGGAGUGGACAAGGAGCUUUCACGGGACAAUGGGCCAGGGGACCUGGAGGACAGACACUCUUCCAUCCCAAUUGUGCCAUCAGUCUGUAAUUGUCAAGGAGCUCCCAGUGUUUUUGAGGGGCCUUUUUCUGAGGGAGGAGAUAGCUCAUUUAGUAACUUUUGCACCUGCUGUACCUCCUCAGCCCUGGGAGAAGAUGAAGAUGAUGAAGAAGGGCCCGCCAGGGCUCCUACUGACCCUUCUCCUAUGCCCAGUGGAAAGAAGCCUCCACCCAGGAGGCAGCGGCAUCGCCUGCCAACCAAAGAGGAGUCUAGGGAGGGUGGUCGAAAGGACCCCCGGCCCUUUGGUCGACACCGACCUGGCCGGAAACGGAGCCAGGCAGACCGUCGUCGGUAUUUGGUGGUAUGGGGGUCAGAGGAACUGUAUCGACUUGGACAGAAGGGGUUCUGGUGGCUGAUUGAGUUGUUGGUGUUAGUAGGGGAGUAUGUGGAAACUGGUGGGCACCUUAUCUAUUCUUGUGGACAGCUGAAAGGCAGUGAUCUGGAACUGUUUCGAGUAUGGGUGGGAAGCUGGGUUGGGCAGUUGGGGAACUGGGCUCAGAUGGGGUUUCUGUGGCUGGGCCGGGGACUUUGCUCUGGGGCAGGGCUUUUUUCCCACCUGCUGCGACUCCUGUGUGCUGUGUUACUCUUGGUUCUGGCCUUGCUGUUGGGCUGUCUUCAGCUGACCUGGAGAGUCUUGAUAUACAUGGGAAACCGAUUGGGCUGGCGGGCUCAGGCCACCUGGCUCUUCUCCAGGCUGGAUUCACCUGCUGUGCACCGAUGUUGGACUCAUCUCAAAGAGAGCAGGACAUGGCAACAGUUGGUGGGGCUGGUGCAAAGGGGUUGGCUGGAGGUGCCCUGGGUCAAGCAGAGGACUAACAGGCAAGGAGAUGGGCCAGCAUGUAGUGGGCGAUACUACCAACCUGGAGAGGAGGUGUCUCGCCUCUUGGCUAUGGCUGGGAUCCCAGAAGAUGAACUAAACCCCUUUCAGGUGCUAGGGGUGGAAGCCACGGCAUCGGAUAUGGAACUGAAGAAGGCAUAUAGGCAGCUGGCAGUGAUGGUUCAUCCUGACAAGAACCACCACCCCAGGGCUGAGGAGGCCUUCAAGGUGUUGCGGGCUGCCUGGGAUAUUGUCAGUAACCCCGAGAGACGGAAGGAAUAUGAGAUGAAACGGAUGGCAGAGAGUGAGCUGAGCAGGUCAGUGAAUGAAUUUCUGUCCAAGCUGCAGGAUGAACUCAAGGAGGCCAUGAAUACUAUGAUGUGCAGCCGGUGUCAAGGGAAGCACAGGAGGUUUGAAAUGGAUCGAGAGUCUCAGUGUGCUCGAUACUGUGCUGAGUGCAACAAGAUGCAUCCUGCUGAGGAAGGUGACUUCUGGGCAGAGUCAAGCAUGUUGGGCCUCAAGAUCACUUAUUUUGCCCUGAUGGAUGGAAAAGUAUAUGACAUCACAGAAUGGGCUGGGUGCCAGCGUGUGGGGAUUUCCCCGGAUACCCACAGAGUCCCCUAUCACAUCUCAUUUGGGUCCAGGGUUCCUGGUCCUGGUGGGCGGCAGAGAGCCACUCCAGAUGCCCCUCCUGCUUCAGUUGCUGACCUUCAGGAUUUCUUCAGCCGGAUCUUUCAGGUUCCCCCAGGCCAGAUGCCCAAUGGAAAUUUCUUUGCAGCUUCGCAACCUGGCCCUGGGGGCACCCCACCCUCCAGACCAGACAGUUCCACAGCAGCCAAAGGUUCAGAAGCCAAACCGAAGCGUCGGAAAAAAGUGAGGAGGCCCUUCCAGCGCUGAUAGCCCUGUCUCUUCCUUUUCUCCACUCUCUGCAGCUCGGUGUCAGGGAGUCAUAAGGGCUGUGUACAGCAGAGGAUGGAAUUUGUUUUGUUUUUUUAAAAAUUUUCAAUACUUAAAAAGUUUCAAGCAUUAACUGUUCACUCAGUGACUUGUGGGAAGCCACUGAAUCCCCACUCUGGGAACUAAGAACUGAACCUUGUUUGAUGACAAUACCAAAGAAAUAGUGGGGUGGUUGGCAGGAAGGGCCCUGUGCCUAGACUAUGGCUAGGAUUGGGAUUGAUGAGUAUUUUGUGGGGGGGACGCAGCUCUCUCUAGGGUUUGGGGGAGCUUUUAUAUCUUCCCUCCUUCUGAAGGCCAGGGUGAUACUUAUUCUGUUGUUAACUAGGGCCUUUGUUUCUGGGCCCUCUCCUCUAUCAUUCAUGUUAGGAGACAAAGCAGAGGAGGCAAGUGGCUCUUACAUUCAGGGGUGGGUAAAAGCCCAGGACCAUUCAGGGAAUGGUAAUGCUGCCUCUUUCUAUUCUGUGGUUCCUACCUAACCUCAGGGUUGUUUCUGCAAGGAUGGCUGAUUUGACAAUUUUUUUUUUUUUUUAAAGUAGACUUAUGUCCCCAUGCCCUAGGUGGGUAGGAGGCAGAAAAAGCAAGUUUGGUGGUGGUGGGGUUGACCCCAGCUAUCCCUAUUUAAUCAAAGGGUUUUUUAAGUUUGUUCAUAUUUGUAUGUACAUACCUAUUUAAAGCCAGGGGAUUUACCUUUCUAUAAAUAUAACUGGCAAGCUACGCCUA